ACAACUUAUGGGGGAUUUUUUUUGAAAUUUGCAAACCCCAAAAGGGUGAAAAAGUAUUUGUUUCAGCAGCAUCUGGAUCAGUUGGAAAUAUUGUAGGACAAUAUGCAAAACUUUUAGGUUGCUAUGUUGUUGGUUGUGCUGGGAGCCAAAAAAAAGGUGGGACUACUCAAAGAAAAACUAAGAUUUGAUGAUGCCUUCAACUACAAAGAAGAAACAGAUCUAAACUCCACUCUUAAAAGGUACUUUCCUGAUGGAAUUGACAUAUAUUUUGACAAUGUUGGGGGAGAAAUGUUGGAGGCAGCAAUUAUAAACAUGAAAGCAUUUGGUAGAGUGGCUGUUUGUGGUAUAAUCUCUGAAUACACAGAUGCUGAAAAGAGAGCUUCACCAAACAUGCUAAAUAUCGUAUACAAAAGAAUCACAAUUAGAGGAUUUUUAACUGCUGACUUUAUGAAUAUUUUCUUUGAUUUUUCUGCUAAAACAUCGGAUUAUGUCCGUAAUGGUCAGUUGCAAGUGAUCGAAGACAAGUAAUUGGGUGUAGAGAGCAUCCCUUCUGCAUUUGUUGGGCUUUUCAAUGGAGAUAAUGUUGGAAAGAAAGUUGUAGUUUUAGCAGGUGAGUGAUCAAGUAAUGAAUAGGUGGAUUAGUAAGAGAGAUGAAAAUGUUAACAUUAUCUUUUAAAGAAUAAGAUUGUUUUUAACAAUACUUACUUUAAAUGAAGAUGGGGUGCUGGAAACUUCUUCAAUUUAUUCAAAAGUCUUUUAAAGUUUCAUCCA